CGUCAACAACAAUAUGUCUAAGUCUAAGAACCAUACCGCCCACAACCAAACCAAGAAGGCUCACAAGAACGGUAUCAAGAAGCCAAGAACUCACAAGUACUCCUCCUUGAAGAGUGUUGACGCUAAGUUCAAGCGUAACCACAGAUUCGCUUUGCACGGUACCGCCAAGACUUUGGCUGCCGCUCGUGCUGCUAAGGCUUAAACUUUUUUAUUUAGUCUUCAUUCGGUUAGUAUAAUAAAAGCUUCAUCAGUUUAAAUUCAAA